AUGGAAGUAGGGUGGAAAUCUGUGUUGAGACAAGGCGCAUCCGCUUGUUUUGGGGCAACCCUUCUUGAAGCCCUUGGGCUGGAAAGGAUGGUUGCAGGAAUCACUGGAAAAGGCAGCAGAGUGCAGCCUGACCUCUGCAGAUCCGGGCGUAUGCUGACCACGUUGCCGAGAUCCUCCGUUCAGAGACUUGGGGGGGAAAUCUUCAGAAAAACCAGAAGCAACUCUUCCAGAGGAAUACGCCGAAUUCGCCGACGUAUUCAACAUGGACUAAGCCGCUGCCCCUGCGCCCCCGCCCACGGAGUCGAGAUCCCCGUGACGCCGAUCCCGAUGUCUCCUGAGCAGCGCGAGCUUGAGAAAAAGCAGUUGACCGAAUGGAAGUCUCACGGCUGGAUCGAACCAUCGUCCAGCAGCACCGCCGCCGCCCCGUUCUCCGUCAAGAAGCAAUGCACGGUCUGCCACCAGAUCCGCUGCACCUGCGGACAGAAGAAGAACGAGCACCGCUACAUGAUCGACUUCAGGCCACUCAACGCCUUGACACCGCAGGACGCCUACCCGCUCCCGUCCAAGGCGGAGCUGAUGUCCCUCGCCGCCGGUCACCGUUGGUACACCAAGCUCGACAUCGGCGCGGCGUUUCACUUGGCUCCGUUGCCGCCGCCAGCCGCGCAGCCACCGCCUUCAUCACAUCGGAAAGGCUGUACCAAUGGAAGGUCAUGCCGUUUGGCCUCAAGAACGCGCCCGCCACCUUCCAAGUGGGUGGUCGACGUCGUCUUCUCUCCGUGCCGCCCCUUCUCCCGCGCCUUCCUCGACGCCGUCCUCAUCCGGGGCGACUCGAAGGAGGAAGUGGUCGAACGCACCCGCCUGGUUCUUGCUCGCUUCCGUGACACCGGUCUCCGUGACAAUCUCCAGAAAUGCCGCUUCCACGUCCAUGAGCUUGACUACCUCGGUCAUGUAAUCUCGGAAAAAGGCAUUGCCGCCGACCCCGCCAGGACUCAGGCUAUUCGUGACUUCGAGGAUUACGCUCGCCUCGCCCUACCGCUUGCGGACCUGACAAAGAACGACGCCCCGGCCACGCACCAGUCCCUGCCUCAGGAAGCCUUUGCCGCGUUUCGGGCCCUGCAACGCGCCUUCUGA